ACGAGAGCGUCUCGAUUUAUCCGUCUUUCCUGUCCAAUGUCCCACCGAGUAGGCUGAGCCACGUGUAUGCAUUAGCUAUUUCGUUACUUCUCUCCAAACGUCCAGUUCCUUGUGUUUCAUUGAAACACACAACAGCACCAUGGUGAAAUUAGCAAAGGCAGCAAAUAAGCAAGCAACUCAAAAGAAAAAAGCCCCUCCACCCCCCAAAGAAGUGGAGGAGGAAUCUAGUGAAGAGGACAGCAGUGAUGAGGAAGAAGAGACUCCUCCACCUAAAGUGGUUAAGAAGGCCACACCAGCCAAAGCCACCCCAGUUGUUAAAAAUGGCGCUGCUGCCAAAAAAGCAGAAAGUGAAGAUGAUGACGAUGAUGAUGAGGAGGAGUCUGAAGAGGAGGCCCCCCCACCAAAAAAGACUCCUGCAAAAGCAGCACCGGCUAAACCCACACCAGCCAAGGCAGCCCCCGCAAAGGCUGAGGAGUCAGAUGAUGAUGACGAUGAUGACGAUGAGUCCGAAGAGGAGGCCCCACCACCCAAGAAAGCAGCAAAGCCUGCUGCUAAACCUGCUGCCAAGCCCCCAGUGAAAGCUCAACCUGCAAAGGAGUCCUCUGAUGAAGAUGAUGAUGAUGAUGACGACGACGACGACGAUGAUUCAGAAGAAGAGGCCCCACCUCCCAAAAAGGCCACUCCGGCUAAACCAGCUGCCAAAAAAGCUGCAAAAGCCCAGGCUGCCAAAGAGGAGUCUGACGAUGAUGAUGACUCUGAAGAGGAGAUGGACACCACUCCUGCUCCAGCAGCUGCAAAGUCAAAGAAAGCAGGCAUGGUCAAGGCCAAGGAAGAGUCGGAGGAGGAUGACGAUGAUGAAGACGACGAGGAUGAUGACGACGAUGAGGAGGAGGAGGAAGCCCCAGUGACUCCUGGAAAGAGAAAGGCAGACAGCAAGAAGGACACCCCUCCUUCCAAGAAGGCAAAGUCAGAAGGUGAAGGGUUCUGUCUAUUUGUUGGAAACUUGAACUCCAACAAAGACUUUGAUGAAAUCAAAGAAUCCCUGAGGAAAUUCUUCUCCAAGAACAGCCUUGAGGUUGCAGAUGUCCGGUUAGGUGGAUCCAAGAAAUUUGGCUAUGUGGACUUUGCAUCUGAGGAGGACAUGCAGAAGGCACUGGAGCUAAACGGCAAGAAAGUCAUGGGUCAGGAGUUGAAGUUGGACAGGGCCCGAAGCAAAGACAGCUCACAGGAGGGCAAGAAAGAGAGGGAUGCACGGACACUGUUUGUAAAAAACCUUCCAUUCUCUGCGACGGCUGAUGACCUGAAGGAAGUCUUUGAAGAUGCUGUUGAUGUUAGGUUACCUCCAGGCCAGAACGGUUCAAACAGGGGCAUUGCCUACAUUGAGUUCAAAACUGAGGCUGAAGCAGAGAAGAUGCUGGAGGAGGCCCAGGGAGCUGACGUACAGGGGAGGUCCAUCAUUAUUGAUUAUGUCGGAGAUAAGAGCCAGAAAGGAGCCAAGGUGGCAGGGGCAGGAUCAGCCAGUAAAACACUGGUAGUGAAUAAUCUGGCCUUCAGUGCCACAGAGGAAGUCCUACAAUCCACAUUUGAGAAGGCUGUCUCCAUAAGGAUUCCACAGAGAGAUGGCAGACCUAAAGGUUUUGCUUUUGUAGAGUUUGAGAACACAGAUGAUGCUAAGGAUGCCCUGGAAAACCUCAACAACACAGACAUUGAAGGCCGGUCAAUCCGACUGGAGUACAGCCAGAACAGUGGUGGCAGGGGAGAAGGGGGCAGAGGAAACUCAGGUCCAACAAAAACCCUCUUCGUAAAGGGUCUCUCUGAGGACACAACAGAUCAGACUCUUAGGGAUGCGUUUGAGGGCGCUGCUGCAGCCAGGAUAGUUACAGACAGAGACACAGGGUCAUCAAAAGGCUUUGGCUUUGUAGACUUUGACAACGAGGAGGACUGCAAGGCAGCCAAGGAGGCCAUGGAUGACGGCGAGAUCGAUGGCAGCAAGGUGACCCUGGACUACGCCAAGCCCAAGGGUGAAGGCGGCUUCCGUGGAGGUCGGGGCGGUGGUGGAUUUGGCGGCCGUGGUGGUGGCAGAGGCGGCCGUGGUGGUUUUGGCGGCUUCGGCGGUCGUGGUGGUGGCAGAGGAGGAGGAAGGGGAGGCCCUCGUGGAGGUGGACGCGGACGUGGUGGCUUUGGAGGUGGAAGAGGUGGCGGUGGAUUUGGAGCCAAACCCCAGGGGAAGAAAAUCAAGUUUGAUGACUAAAUCCUUAGUCUGUUUUACUUUUUGAAUGGACUCUGGUUUCAUCACUUCUCAGAGCUUUUGGACAUUCCAGAAAGCGUCAUUGAUAUUUAACUGUUAACGGGCAUUUUAGCCCUUUAUUUAGACCCCUCAAACCUUCGCCUUUUACCUUCUCAGCUCAAGUGCUACGUGUUAGUACUGAAUGUCCCUAAUGCAAACUUGCACCUCUCGCCCUCAUUAGCUUACUUGCUUUUCCGAAGGAGUAAAAUGGAAUGGGUCUGGCAAACAAGUUUGCUGUGAAAAAUACGCUUGUCUUUGUCAGAUACAUUGUGUAAAUUUAAACAGUUUGUAUGAUUUCAUUUUACCUUUUUGUAAAAAAAAAAAAUACACUUGUAUCCAUAUGUUUUUUUUUUUCUGUUUUUAUUAUCAUUUAGUUUGCUUUAGGUGCCAUGUUUUACUGUAAUGUGCAAAGCAUAUUUUGAUAGAUUCGAGUCAGUGCUCUAGAGUUGGGUGUUAAAAAUAUGGCAAUGAUGUUCUGUCAUGUUUGUUUGGUGGGGCACAGUCAAUGUCUGAGUCGCAGAGGAUGACAGACCUCUUAUCUAUGUAACAUAAAAUAUUUGUAGUGCAUUGACUAAUUUUUUUCCCAUCUGAGAAUCUCAAGAUUUUCACGUGAUUAAAAUAAAAUCUUGUAGGUGGUGAUUUUUAAA